CGGGGGGAGCGCUUGCUGGCUCGCCGCUGCCGCCGCCGCCGCCGCGCUGUGCUCCGGCCGCUCCCCGCGGCCGUGGAUGGGGGUGUCCCGCUGAGCCCCGCGAUAUCCGCCUCCCUCCGCCAGGACCCGCACAGAUCAACUGAGAGUUGCUGUUGUCCUCUCGCCGGGCAAGAAUGGAGGCCCCGCUGGUGAGUCUGGAUGAAGAGUUCGAGGACCUUCGGCCCAGCUGCUCAGACGACCGGGAGGAGAAACCACAGUGCUUCUACGGCUCAUCUCCCCACCAUCUAGAGGACCCCUCCCUCUCUGAGCUGGAGAAUUUUUCUUCCGAAAUAAUCAGCUUCAAGUCCAUGGAGGACCUCGUGAAUGAAUUUGACGAGAAGCUCAAUGUCUGCUUUCGGAACUACAACGCCAAGACGGAGACCCUGGCUCCCGUGAAGAACCAGUUCCAGAUCCAGGAGGAGGAGGAGACCUUGCAGGACGAGGAGGUUUGGGAUGCUCUGACAGACAAUUACAUCCCUUCACUCUCGGAAGACUGGAGGGACCCAAACAUGGAGGCUCUGAAUGGCAACAGCUCUGACACGGAGGUGAUUGAGGAGAUCGAGGAAAUGAUGCAGAACUCCCCAGACCCUGAGGAAGAAGAGGAAGUCCUAGAAGAGGAGGAUGAGGGAGAAACCUCCUCCCAGGCAGACUCGGUCCUCCUGCAGGAGAUGCAGGCCUUGACCCAGACCUUCAACAACAACUGGUCCUACGAAGGUCUAAGGCACAUGUCUGGGUCAGAGUUGACCGAGCUGCUGGACCAGGUGGAGGGCGCCAUCCGGGACUUCUCGGAGGAGCUGGUGCAGCAGCUGGCCCGCCGGGACGAGCUGGAGUUCGAGAAGGAAGUGAAGAACUCCUUCAUCACGGUGCUUAUUGAGGUUCAGAACAAGCAGAAGGAGCAGCGGGAACUGAUGAAGAAGAGGCGGAAAGAGAAAGGUCUGAGCCUGCAGAGCAGCCGGAUAGAGAAGGGAAACCAGAUGCCUCUCAAGCGUUUCAGCAUGGAAGGCAUCUCCAACAUCCUGCAGAGCGGCAUCCGCCAGACCUUCGGCUCCUCAGGGACGGACAAACAGUAUCUGAACACGGUCAUCCCUUAUGAGAAGAAGGCCUUGCCCCCGUCAGUGGAAGAUCUUCAGAUGCUGACAAACAUUCUCUUUGCCAUGAAGGAGGAUAAUGAGAAGGUGCCCACUUUGCUAACGGACUACAUUUUAAAAGGAGGCCUGAGAAGGGGAUUCCUUCUCCCUGGAGGCACCAGAGCAACUCCACAUUAGAGCUGCGGAACCAGCAUGAGCCUGAUUGUGAAAGUUCUGGAGAGUUCAGGCUAUUUCAUAGGGAAAAAACAGAGCCCGGGGCUACAUUUACUGGUCUCAGCUGCUUGAAAUCAUGCCUAGCUACAUCCUUGCCCGACUUUUGUUUCAUCUUUUAUUAAGGGAGCUGUUAACAUCCAUAAAAGCCGAGUGACGAGAAUAAUGAACUCUCAUGUACUUAUCCUGCUUCAGCGACCAUGGAUUCGUGGCCUAUCUUGUUCACUCACACCCCUACCCAGCUUCUCCCCUCCGUAUGGUUUUGAAGCAAAUCCAAACCAUCAGUUUUCUUAAUCUAUAAGUAUCUCAGUGUACAUUUCUAAAACAUAAAGACUUUUUUCAAAAACCUAACCAUAAUAUUGUUAUCACAACUAGAAAAAUAAAAAAAGUCUCAAUAUCUUUGUCCAAUCAGUGCUCACAUUUCCCUGUUACAUUUUCUCAUCUGUUUCUCAUCAGGAUCCAAGGGGAGCCCAUACAUUGCAAUUGGAUAAUAUCUCUCCUGAGUCUCUUUUUAUAUAUAUACAGGUUCCCCUUCCUUUCCUCUCGUUCCUUGAAAUUUAUUUCUUGGAGAAACCAGGCUAUUUGCCCCAUAGAAUUUCUUUGUUUUGGCUUCUGCUUGUCAGUUGUGUCCCCAUGAUUUAAUUUAACAUGUUCUUCCAUUUUUCGUAUUUCCUGUUGGCUGGCAGAGCCAGAGGCUGGAUCAGACUCAGUCUCAAAUCUUUUGAUAAGCAUUACAUGAUCAGUAGUGCUGAACUUCCAUUAAGAGACACAUAUUCUCCGGUUGUCUUUCUUUCUGUGAUGUUAAUAU